AUGUACAUCAACAUCAUUUGUUGCUACUAUCUUGCAGAGUUCCAUUACUCUUACGAAGACGACGCUGACGUAAACAGUAUGCCGAUAAUAACUCUAGAGGUGCUAUCAGAUUCUUCGAGGAAUGGAUACAAUGAUUAUGAUCAUCAGCAGAACGCUAUAGACGGCAUACAGGACACGGGGGUGCACUUUUUAACAGAGAAACCGAGCAAUGACGACGCUUCUGAUUGCAAAGAUCAGAAAGAAACACCGAAAGCGAAGAAUGAAUUCUUAGAAUACAUGACGAGGAAUGACGGCAGCGUUGUUUGUAAACUCUGUGGUGAAAUCCUCCAAAGUAGAACGCAUUGGUACAGACACAAAUACAAACUUCACGUCAUACACCCGCUGAACCCGUCUCCGCUGUUCCAAUGUGAACAAUGCUUGGUCUACUUCAAGAGUCGAAAGGGAUAUAUCGGCCAUCUAGCCAGCAGGCAUAGCGAAGUCCUAACAGAUUCUAGUCCCGUCUUGACUAAUUCACAAGCCGUAGCCAUGUCCAAACAGACGACGCCCACACAAACUGAGAUUAAGGAGGAACCGGAUCCAGAACUUUCCAUACCCAAGUCAAGCGUCCCAAAUUAUCAGAAUAAUGUUAGACAGACUGGUAGCGUGUUGAUACGAGCUCCUGAAACUAAACGGACCAAUAGGACACAGCGAGUUUCAGAAGAAUACAACAACAAAACCGAUUGGGAAGAAAGAAAAUCAAGAGAGGAGAAAUUAGUAGCGGAUAUAAUAGAAAGGGUCCGGAGGGAAUGCGAGGCCCAGGGGUCAGGAGGACCCGCGCGGCGAGGCUAUACUAGAAGAACGACAGUGAUGAAUAGCACAUAG